AUGGCAAAAGGAAAAGCAGCCAACAACAAACAAGACGCAAUGGCUACAACUAUGACUCGGAGGUCUAGGAAGAGGGGCUGUUCAGUUGACAAAAAGACUGAGGAUAAUCAGGGAGUGUCACACACAGAGGAUGUAUUAGUGGAAUGUAUGAAGUCUCCAGAAGAAGAAAGUGAAAAGAAGAGAAAACUUCUAAAGUCCAGUCCGAACCACAAGAAUCAGAAAGAUGAAACUGAAGUAGAGACUGGUCUGAACUGUGAGGAUGCCCCUAAUGGAGGCCUGCACGCUGGAGUCAUCGCAAAGCACCAUGAAGAGACAGAAACACAAAGGAAUACAAAUAUGCUUUAG